AUGCAUUUCCAACUAGCUAUCCUGGUUUUUUUAUGCAAUAUUUGGGUAGUAAAUGGUCUUGCUAAUCUUUAUUUGCGCGGCAACUCCCUUGGCCUGCCGGCUGAUAAGUAUUGGUUGUCAAACAAUAAUGAGCCAUUAAGACAAACAACUUUUCAAGAAGCCUUUAACUACUGGAGCGAAUUGGCAACCUUGAAAACAGAAGAUUCAGCUGCUCAAGUUAAUAAGACCCUUCUCUUGGAUGAAUGUGAUUCUUACGCCUGCCAAUUGGUCUUUUACGAAGGUCUCCCUGAUGGCGCUUUUUUGUUUACUAUAAAGACUAAAAGACAUGACAAUAUUACGUUUAUCGAAGAUGGCAGUUCGUACAAAAUCGAGGCAUUUUCACAAAUUUCAGUUUUUAACCUGAUACAUAUUCCACGAAAAAUAAUUACAGGUUUCUACGAGCUUAUUUUAAAUAUUUUUAAUGGGGAAUGGGCAUGGUCAGGAUUUGAAGUAGAUUACAUUUUGUCCGAUCCACAGUUAAGAUGGUACGCCUUUGCUUCUUGUAAUCAUUUAGGAACUUGUGAUGGUAACAUUUCUGCGAAACAAAUUCGUUGUGCUCUAAAAGCAGUGCUCGAGGGAGAAAAUCCUUCGCUGACGAGGGGAGGAUUGGGUCUAGCGAUUGGCAAUCGGGCAGAUUUCAGUUUAGAUUUACGAAUCUAUAGUGACUAUGAAUCAUUUCAAUUUAAUUACCCUUGGUCAAUACCUGUUAACAGCAGGGAAGGUGAUAAAGGAUGGUCAUUGACAAGUCAUUGUUGGUGA